UGUCGCCGCAUUCAUAUCUGGUGUGUGUUCGUGAUAUUUUUACGGCGAAUUCGUAGCUCUGAAUUUGCUUUUUCGAACGAUCGUGGAGUUGUUGAGGACUUCCUGUUCAGAGACUGUCAAAGAUCAUGAUUCGACGCGUUCGGCCACGCCUCGUAACUUUCGACGUGACAGGAACGUUGCUGAUGACCAAAUUGGAGGAGCAUUAUGUCGAUAUCGGCCGCCAAUAUGGUCUCCAUAUUGAUUCUCAUCGUUUGGCGCGAAGUUUCAAGAGCAACUUCAUCCAGCUCGCCGCGGAGCAUCCGAUCUACGGCCGACAUACCGGGCUGGGAUGGGAAAAUUGGUGGCGAAUCCUCGUCCACAAGGUUUUCAAGGACCAGCAUCCUUUCGUGUCCCAGGAUGCGCUCAACAAGGUCGCCGACAACCUGAUAAGCUGCUAUGCCACUGCCCGAUGUUGGCACACGUAUCCGGGUGUCGUUGAGCUGCUCGAUUUUCUGCGAAAUAAGGACGUCGUCCUCGGAGUCAUCUCGAAUUUCGACCGGCGUCUCGAGUCCAUCCUCGAGGACACACGGAUUCGCGACUACUUCGCCUUCGUUCUUACCUCUUAUGAUUUCGGCAUGGAGAAGCCAAGUUUGUCCAUCUUUAACGAGGCUCUGAGGCUGACGACGUUGUUUCGAAAGGAGAAGAUUUCGCCCCGAGAAGCAAUGCAUAUCGGCGAUACGGUCGAUAAUGAUUAUCUCGGUGCGAAAAGCGCCAGUUGGAAUGCUUUAUUAAUUAAACAUAGUGAAGAUGACAAAAUCAAUGAGGACAAAGUGCCUAAAGAAGAUGUAUUUAAGAAUUCGAAGGAACUUCGAAGUCACUUUGAAAAGGUUUUCGCGACAAAUAGCGCGACAUCUUGAAACGAUGACAUUUGAUAUGAAUUUAUUUUAAUUUAAUUAAUUCUUUAUUUCUUACUUUAUUUUAUAACGUGAAUAUUAGCGUUUAACGGAUAUCAAUUUAGUUUCCAUUUGUUAUUUAAUGGUUUCUCGACACACACUCGAUAAAUUCAGUUAGAUUUAUUUUAUUUUUAUUGUCAGAGAUUUCCUGUAGUGAUGACAAUAAAAAGUCUGUUCGUUUUCGCCUCACCGCUGAACUAGUGCAAUAAGUUGAAGUCAGAAAACAUAUACUUGUCUCGCAU